AUGUCCGCGAGCAAGCGCGUGGCGAAGGAGCUGGAAGAUCUGCAGAAGGAUCUUCCCCCGUACCUGCGGAACCUCGUCAGCAAAGAUGCCAACGUCCUGGUGUGGCACAUGCUCCUCCUGCCCGACCAGCCGCCCUACAACCUCAAGGCCUUCUGCCUGUGCAUCACCUUCCCCGAGGAGUAUCCGUUCAAGCCCCCCACGGUGAAAUUCACGACCAAGAUCUACCACCCCAACGUGGAUGAGAACGGACAGGUGUGCCUGCCCAUAAUCAGCAACGAGAACUGGAAGCCGUGCACCAAGACCCGUCAAGUCUUGGAGGCCCUCAGCGUGCUGGUGAACAGACCUCAGCUGGGGCAGCCCCUGCGGAUUGAACUUGCUGACCUGCUAGCACAGGACCCGGAGCAGUUCAACAAGAAUGCCAGAGAGUUCACCCUCCGCUUUGGAGUAGAGCGGCCCACCUAA